AUGAGCUCAGUGCCAGACUACAGUAAGUUACCGGUGGAGAGAGUUACAGUUUCACGGCCAAGCUACUCAAAGCCUGAAGAUCUACGUUUGUGUUCCGCUGAUUUCUUCAAGAAGUGUCAAUGGUCUUGGGUGGGAAAAGGCUGCCUUAAUGCCGUGGAAGAUCAAGGCAAAUGCUGCGCAUGCUGGGCUUUCGUUGGGGCGGAAGCCAUCUCGGCUUUGUACUAUCUUGCGUGGAAGCAGUCAAAACCUUAUAAGUUGGACAAGUUAAAGCCUUUAUCAAAGCAGCAUGCCGUCGAUUGUAUGUAUCCCAGAUUGCCGACGCCCAAAAAUAUCAAAUAUAGUAAAAACACAGGAUGUUUUCCAAGUCACUACAACAAGUUUUACCAAUUCGCAACCGUGGAAGGUAUAUAUCCUGAUAAGUUGUACCCCUAUGUUGAGGAGAAAAGAGAUUGUCGUUGCCUACCAGGAGGUGAAAAAACUAAGAUUCGUGGGUUUUACAAGGUUGGAAACGUCGGUAAAGAAACAGUUGAAAAGUUUAUUAGGCAACAACCACUUAGCGGAUGUAUAUCGCAUGUGGAUAGCUUUAGAAAACAUACUGGAAAGGACAUCUACAUGGGCCCAUCCAAAAAAGAUAUUGAGGAUGAAUGUGUUGAUAAAGAAAAUAAUCAAGAAAGCGAGGGACGUCAUGCAGUCUUAAUAGUGGGCUAUGGUAAAGAAAAUGGUAUUGAAUAUUUUUUGGUUAAAAAUAGUUGGGGCGUGAACUGGGGAUAUUGGGGAUAUGCAAAGGUUAAGAGGAGUGUUAUAUCGGGUUUGUCUUAUCCCGUGCUUGAUGAGGCAGUGUGA